AAUUUUCCAUCAUGGCGUUGCGAGGUUCGGAGAUGUUAUUUUCAAGUCUCAGCUCUGAAAUGUAUUUUUACGUAUUAUCCUGUUCGUAACAAUAAGUGAAGACUUUAAGAAGUGUGUGGAGCCGCAGUUUUCUAGUGAUGGAUCAUACCCGGUGGAUUUUUUUUGUCCCGGUUUAACUUCGUCAACUCCAAUAAGGAUAUUUUUAUAUACAUAAAGCUCUGGCAAUGUCUCUGCUCUGUGUGAGAGUCAAGAAGGCCAAGUUACAAGGACCCCCGGAUAAGUUCAAUGCCUAUGUGACUCUGAAGGUUCAAAAUGUCAAAAGUACAACCAUCGCAGUUCGUGGAGACCAGCCAUGCUGGGAGCAGGACUUCAUGUUCGAGAUUAAUCGCCUAGACCUCGGCCUGAUCGUGGAAGUAUGGAACAAGGGACUGAUCUGGGACACCAUGGUGGGUACAGCUUGGAUCCCCCUGAAGAGCAUCCAUCAGUCAGACGAGGAGGGCCCCGGUGAAUGGACCUUUCUCGAUUCUGAGGUGCUAAUGAAGGCAGAUGAGAUCUAUGGCACCAAGAACCCCACGGCCCAUCGCCUUCUGCUGGACUCGCACUUUGAGCUACCUUUCGAUAUACCGGAAGAUGAGGCUCGGUACUGGACUUGCAAAUUGGAACAAAUCAACACCAUGCGGAUACAUGACGAGGACCCCUUGCAAGAUGAAGUUCAAAGAAGACCACUGCCAUCGGCCGCCUCGCAGUGCUCCCUUGAUGACCAUGACAGUGCGGUGGAUGACCGGGACAGUGACUACCGCAGUGAGACCAGCAGCAGCCUGCCCCCUCGAUACCACAGCACAGCACAGCCCAAUUCCUCCUUGCACCAGUAUCCCAUGGGGUCUUUGCUGGCUCAGCAGGCUGAAUCCCGGGAGUCGUGCACAGAAUCCAUGCAAAGCUAUGAUAUGGACUGCAGGGAAAACCACGGCACCAGCCCUAUGGACAGCAGCCACGCUGGCUCCUCAGGAGAUCUCAGCCAGGUCAGUUCUCAGCUCAGCGAGAUGGGUCAGGACAGCGUGCCGCUUUCGGAAACAGAGGAGCGCCGGGAACUGGACUCUCGGCACUGCUACCACAGCACAGCUAGCUACCGGCCUGCCAACAGCCACACUUCCUGGGGGGACACGGAGGAGAUCAGGACCAGGAAAAGCGAGAAUGGCAUUCUGCCAAAAGACAGAGCUUCCCCAGAGCAGAUGCCAACAACCUUGGAGAAGAAGCCUGAUGAUCCAGUUGCAAGUUUUCUGGCCGAUGGGCCCCUACCGUUCUCUCCAUCAAGGCUACGCUGGCUGAGGGCCAUCAACAAAGUCCGUGUUCAGCUUCAGGAGGAAAGAGAAGAUGGCGACAACGGGAAGCUGCCGUGGAUCAAAGCGGGGGUUGGCUGUGGCCUCUUUGGGAUCGACAGCAUGCCAGACCUCCGCAAAAAGAAGCCAGUCCCUUUGGUCAGUGACCUGUCCCUGGUGCAAUCCAGGAAGGCUGGGAUCACCUCCGCCAUGGCGACCCGCUCAUCCGUCAAGGAUGAGGAACUGAAGAACCAUGUGUACAAGAAGACCCUCCAGGCACUCAUUUACCCCAUAUCCUGCACCACACCUCACAACUUUGAGAUCUGGACAGCUACCACUCCCACCUACUGCUACGAGUGUGAGGGGCUGCUGUGGGGAAUCGCCAGACAGGGGAUGCGCUGCACGGAGUGUGGGGUCAAGUGCCACGAGAAGUGCCAGGACCUGCUCAACGCUGACUGUCUGCAGAGAGCGGUGGAGAAGAGUUGCAAACAUGGGGCAGAGGACCGUACGCAGAACAUCAUCAUGGCAAUGAAGGAUCGCAUGAAAAUCCGUGAGAGGAACAAGCCUGAGAUCUUUGAGAUGAUUCGGGAUGUGUUUACCAUCAGCAAGGUCAGCCAUGCUCAGCAGAUGAAGACCAUCAAGCAGAGUGUGCUGGAUGGAACUUCAAAGUGGUCUGCCAAGAUUACUAUCACAGUCUUUUGUGCCCAAGGGCUCCAGGCAAAGGAUAAGACAGGAUCUAGUGACCCCUAUGUCACGGUCCAGGUGGGCAAGACGAAGAAAAGAACAAAGACCGUCUAUGGCAACCUUAACCCAGUAUGGGAGGAAAAGUUUCAUUUUGAGUGCCACAACUCCUCAGACCGGAUAAAGGUGCGGGUGUGGGACGAGGAUGAUGAUAUCAAGUCGCGUGUCAAGCAGCGGCUGAAGCGAGAGUCUGAUGACUUCUUGGGCCAGAGCAUCAUUGAGGUCCGAACUCUGAGCGGCGAGAUGGAUGUCUGGUACAACCUGGAGAAACGGACAGACAAGUCUGCGGUGUCCGGGGCUAUUCGGCUCCAGAUCAGUGUGGAGAUCAAAGGGGAGGAGAAGGUGGCACCCUACCACGUCCAGUACACCUGUCUGCAUGAGAACCUGUUUCAUCAUUCCACGGACGUUCUGGGCCAAGGUGUUGUCAAGAUCCCAGAUUCUAGGGGAGAUGAUGGAUGGAAGGUGUAUUUUGAUGAAGUGGCUCAGGAGAUUGUGGAUGAGUUUGCGAUGCGUUAUGGGGUUGAGUCCAUCUACCAGGCUAUGACGCAUUUUGCCUGCCUGUCCUCCAAGUACAUGUGUCCGGGGGUCCCUGCAGUGAUGAGCACACUUCUGGCCAACAUCAACGCCUUCUACGCCCACACCACGGCGUCCACCAACGUGUCUGCCAGUGACCGCUUCGCCGCUUCAAACUUCGGGAAAGAGCGCUUCGUUAAGCUUCUAGACCAGCUGCACAACUCCUUACGCAUCGACCUCUCCAUGUAUCGCAACAACUUUCCAGCCAGCAGCAAGGAACGUUUACAGGACCUGAAGUCUACUGUGGACCUCCUGACCAGCAUCACCUUCUUCAGGAUGAAGGUCCAGGAAUUACAGAGCCCCCCCAGGGCCAGUCAGGUGGUGCAUGACUGUGUCAAGGCCUGUCUAAAUUCUACUUAUGAGUACAUCUUCAACAACUGCCAGGAACUCUACUUUCGUCAGUAUCAGCCAGCAGGACAUGACAAAGAGUUGCCUUUGGAAGAACAGGGCCCCAGUAUCAAAAACCUGGACUUCUGGCCCAAACUCAUCACCCUGAUUGUAUCAAUCAUUGAGGAGGACAGGAGUUCCUACACCCCAGUUCUCAACCAGUUCCCUCAGGAGCUAAAUGUGGGGAAGGUUUCUGCAGAGGUCAUGUGGACACUCUUUUCCCAGGACAUGAAGUAUGCAAUGGAGGAGCACGAGAAGCACAGGCUCUGUAAGUGUGCAGAUUACAUGAACCUGCACUUCAAGGUGAAAUGGCUGUAUAAUGAGUAUGUGAAAGACCUGCCUGCCUUCAAAGGAGUCAUUCCAGAUUAUCCCGCGUGGUUCCUGCAGUUUGUUCUGCAGUGGCUAGACGAGAACGAGGACGUUUCCAUGGAGUUCAUGCAUGGAGCAUUAGAGAGAGACAAGAAAGAUGGAUUCCAGCAAACCUCAGAACAUGCCCUGUUCUCUUGUUCGGUUGUGGACAUCUUCACCCAGCUCAACCAGAGCUUUGAGAUCAUCAAAAAGCUUGAUUGUCCUGACCCCAAAGUCUUGGCUCACUACAGCCGACGCUUUGCUAAGACCAUUGCCAAAGUCCUGUUGCAGUAUUGUGCCAUUCUGACCAAGAGCUUUCCCUCCUACUGCGACAAAGAGAAAAUCCCAUGUGUGCUGAUGAACAAUGUGCAGCAGCUUCGUGUCCAGCUGGAGAAGAUGUUCGAGUCCAUGGGUGCCAAACAGAUGGACCCUGAGGCCAGUGACCUCCUGAAUGAGCUGCAGGUGAAGUUAAAUAAUGUGCUGGAUGAGCUGAGUGCGAUGUUUGGAAACAGUUUCCAGAGCAGAAUUGAUGACUGCCUGAGGCAGAUGGCUGACCUCUUGUAUCAGAUCAAAGGUCCUGUCAACUCCAACAGCCGCAACACCGUUGAGGCUGACUCUGAUAAUGUAUUACGACCUCUCAUGGACUUCCUAGAUGGAAACCUGAUGCUCUUUGCAACAGUGUGUGAAAAAACUGUUCUGAAGCGUGUACUGAAGGAUCUAUGGAGGAUUGUGAUGAACAGCCUGGAGAAGACCAUCGUCCUGCCCCAGGGCAGUGACACCACAGGAGCCCAGAUGCUUCUUUCUGCCGCCAAGGAGCUGGGCCAGCUCUCCAAGCUCAAGGAUCACAUGGUAUCAGGAGAGGCAAAAAGCCUCACACCUAAGCAGUGUGCAGUCAUGGACACGGCCCUGGACACAAUAAAGCAAUAUUUCCAUGCUGGAGGAAAUGGCCUGAAAAAGGCCUUCUUGGAGAAGAGCCCAGAACUGUCAUCCCUGCGCUACGCUCUCUCGCUAUACACCCAGACCACAGACGCUCUCAUCCGGACAUUUGUUACCACGCAGCACAAUCAGGGCUCAGGUGUGGACAAGGCUGUGGGGGAGGUGUCCAUACAGGUGGAUCUCUUCACGCAUCCUGGCACCGGGGAGCACAAGGUCACAGUGAAAGUUGUUGCAGCAAAUGACCUAAAGUGGCAGACGUCAGGAAUGUUCCGGCCGUUUGUCGAGGUUACUAUGAUCGGGCCCCACCUCAGUGACAAAAAACGCAAGUUCACCACCAAGUCUAAGAACAACAGCUGGGCACCAAAGUUCAAUGAGACUUUCCACUUCAUCCUGGGGAAUGAGGAUGGGCCCCAGUGCUAUGAACUGCAGGUGUGCGUGAAGGAUUACUGCUUCGGCCGGGCGGACCGCGUGCUGGGAAUCUCCGUGCUCCAGCUGCGUGACGUGGUCGAGCGGGGCAGCUGUGCCUGCUGGUGUCCCCUCGGCUGCAGGGUACACCUCGAUGACACGGGCCAGACCAUCCUGCGCAUUCUGUCCCAGCGCGCUGGUGACGAGGUGGCCAAGGAGUUUGUCAAGCUCAAGUCUGAGACACGCUCAGCUGAGGAAGGCAGAUGAACAGGGGGCUGGAAGGGGCGGGGUGGUGGGGGCUCUGACAGGUGCCAAUCAUGAACAAUUUGCAGGUCAUUGGUCCGUAACACCAAAGGUUUGCGACAUACUGGUAACUGGGAAGAGAUUAACUAUUUUAACCACUAAAGUAUUCUGCUCCUUUAAACUGUCACAAAAGAAUUGAAUAAAAACAACCCUUUCGGCUACAGUCAUAAGCAGGAAAAGAGGAAGGUCUUUUCUGGUCUAACUUCCAGCCAUACCUGCCUACCCUGCUUGCUCAAACUUCCCGUUUCAUCUGAAGCUGUGUCACACAUACACACACAGUCCUGUUACUGUAGACCUUCUAGAGUCCUGAAUGCCAUCUGCCCUCUGGUCCAGCUGCCAAUCUGCCAUCUCCUCACUCCCUAUGUUAACCACGUGCAAUAUGUUCCCGUCAUGGAUGCCUUACCUUUACCUACAUGUGUGAAUUUGGAUGUUUGAUUGUGCCACAGGGUGUUAAACAGUAUUGACUGUGCUCCUGGUAACACUGAGACUGUUUAAUUUAUCAUUAUAUCUGGAAGUCAGAUAUGCACGCAUAGCCACACGUUUCACACUGAAAGAAUUUAUAUCUGCUUAUGUUUCAUAGACGUUGGGAAAACCGUAGAAUGAUAUGAACAAAUUUAAGUUUGAUCAUUUGGCAGGUGACACAUGGCAAAGCAUGUUGCUUCAGUCAUGCCUGUAUGGUCUCAAGUGUUUGACGUUUCUCUUUUUUUUUGUUUAGUUUUUGGACCAGUAAAAGCCAGCACUUAUUGUCGCACUGCCGAUUCUUGGUAUGUGUCCCAGAGCCUCCCGUGCUCAGACAGCUGCUGGUUCUGGUCAAUCAGAGAUGCGUUAAGCCUAAACUGAGUGCCUUUGCUGAGGUUCUGGCUAUGUGUAGUAUUUGGUCAUGCCGGUCUCUGAUUUCUCAAGACGCCCACACGAUCUCACCGAGCAGCCUGGAGAAUAAAGCUGUAAUCGAGGCCUGUUUCAGUUCGUACCUGCUGCCUUCAUAGAGUCCCCAUGCACAGCACUCUGUAUUCAUAUGUGCUUUAUCUUAAAUGUAUUGUGGCAAAAAAUUGUCUUCUCAUGUAUGUAUUUGUGAGAAUGAUUCCCAUGCAAUCAUGCAGGGACUGAAUAGGUCCAACAUAUUUUUAUGAAUAUGUGUCAAGCGAAGUUUGGACUAGCUGUGAAUGUUCAUUAUUAUUUAUUAAUCUAUUUAUUUAGUGGGAUUAGCUUUUAAUGUCAUACACUGGAAAAUUGUUGCUAAACGUUUUGGUUUCUGGGUAUUGAGACAGCAUUGAAUCUUUAUUUCUGUGGCUGUGAAUUUCAUCAUGAUGCAUACAUUUCUGGCUCUAAAACAUCACAUUUCAGUGGGAUAUAGAGGGGAAUUUAUGUUUAAAUCAGAUUUGUUAAACAUUACUAACUCAAUUAUUUGACUUAGCAUGAGAAUUAACUGUUUAGAUGGAAAGAAACCAGACUUCUUCGGUAAUCAGGCUUUCAAUUUGACCUGAGAGUUUGAUCGCUUUGGUUUUCUUAUAUGGAUGCAUGUACCAGCCAUUCAGAGUCACGUCCAUAUCAGUGCGUGGAACAAUCCCACCCACACAUUCACAAUUUUUUUUUUAAUCUUCAUUUCCAGUGAGUUUUUAUCCUGUCCUACUCAGAGGCCUUAAAGUGGUGAAUACACAAGAUGCCAAUUUUUAAAUCUCUGUAUAACAAUCACACAGUAAUAUUGUGCUUUUAUGCUAUGUUGAUCAUAAAAAACUAGUAAAAAGACUACUAGAAUGGAGAGAAAUGUACAUCAAACCGCAAUAGUAGUGACAUAUUCUCAACAUGCACUUUCUCUUUGAAAUACAUGAUUCUCUGGCUGUUGCUUUAGCCGCUUGGAAACUUUGUUGUUAUUUUUUAUUUCUGUCACAUUUGUGUUGUUAAAGUAUAAGUGUUUGUUGUUGGCUCUUUUUGAUGAACCAUCCCUCUUCAAUCAGACCCCAAGAUAUUCUAAAGACACUAUUGUGAUAACAUGUCUCUCACUUAAACCCAUUUGGGUGCACACUGUGAAGCUCACCGUGUGGCUAACAGGAUCUGUUCUUCUCCACUGCAUUUUCACACCCACAUUACCACUGUCUGAUGUGCAUUCCAGCAUGGCGGCCGUUUAGAUCCCACAUGCCCACAUUCUCUCUGUGGUUUCUGCUAGAUGGGACAGGGGUGUGGUCAAAUGUGAUGGGGGGGGUGGCUAGAUCGGAUGGAGGUGUGGCUAGAUGGAAUGGGGGUAAGGUGGGAUCUGCAAUACUGUGUGCAUAAUUUGUGCCAAGCAGUGCUUUUUUGUCUAUCUUUGUUAAUACUUUAUAUGUGAAUUCCUGCCCAUUAUCACCAUAAUGGCAUGUAUAGUAUAGCAAUCAAAGUAACUAGAUUUGGGUUGUGAAUUUUUAUGUAACAGCACUGGGGAAAAUAGUAUUGAUCAUUAAACAUAUACAUAACUAGUGAUUUUUGUAUUUAAACAAUUUAAUGAACACUUUUUCCCCUGAACUAUUUUUUGCAAGAUAACUGAUCCUUGUUUUAUUCAACUUAAAUGGCAGAUAUAAUAAACACAAUGCUUAUAGUAUUUAAUACAGAUUUCAGUUUUCCUAAAUAAAAUUGAUAUUAAGUACGAAUAGAUAUAGAGAUAAGGUAUGACUGCCUUCACACAUUAUUUUAAAAAUCAUGAUUUUUUUUUCAUUUGAAUUAUUUUUUGAGAAAUAAGUAAUAUAAUAAUUUUAUCAUUUUAAAUACUGAAAAUGGUUUCAUUUUAAUAAUGCUUGAUGAUAAAUACAGGUAUCCCCCGCUUCAUGAAAGUAGAACGUUCCUGUGGUUUGUGAGCCGAAGUGACGUAAAGCGAAGAGCCAUUUACCAUGAAUUAAUAUGGGGAAAAAAUUUGAGUGUUCCCAGACCCAAGGAAUAACCUACCUAAUCAUACCAAUUAAUAACACACAAAACCUAAAAUAACAUCAGCAUAUAAUAAAAGCAGGAAUAAUAUGAUAAAUACACUAGCUGCCUAUAUAAAGUAGAAAUAUAAUUACCGUAUCAGUGUAGUUUCACUUACCACAACCAACACAGCCAUGCAUAGUUUAACGAUAGGGUUACGUUCUGAGAAAUCUGUCAUUAGGUGAUUUCGUUAUUAUGUGAACAUGAAAGUACACAUACACAAAUCUAGAUGGCAUAGCCUACUACACACCUAUAGGCUAUAUGGUAUAGCUUAAAUAACUAUAAUAAGUACAUAACAACGGUUACUGUGUUAUGUAUUUAUCACGUUAUACAUCCUGUACAUAAUUGUAUGUGCUGUAGUUUUAUAUGACUGGCAGUGCGGUAGGUUUUACACCAGAAACACCACAAACACGUGAAUAAUGUAUUGCGCUACGAUGUCACUAGGCAAUAGGAAUUUUCACAACCGUUAUACCUGCAGUCCGUUGUUUGCCGAAAUAUUAUGCAGCGCCUGACUGUAUAUCUAUAAUUGGCUUGCUGAUUGAAAAAAAAGAAAAAAACACAUCGCUAUUUUUGCUUUUUUCUAAUUUUUUUCGUAAAAGUGAAAAUCCUCUGGAUUUCUUUCGGUUAGUGAAAACAGGUGCUAAUGUAUAGUAGGUCUUUCGUAAGAGUAAAGUAGUGUAACGCAAACGUUCAUAAAGCGGGGUAUACCUGUAUUUAAUUUCCUAAAGGUACAAUGCACAAGUGACUGUUUGUUUUUAUGUUUGAUCUAUGGAUGUACUUUCCAUUUCAGAUCGUACCUUAGGCUGGAUGUAUUUGCCAUACAGUAUGAGUAUCAUUCUGCGUUACUGGAUGUCUUGACCAGUACUGUAUAUGUGAAUUUGUACAUGACUACUUCUUAAAAGACCAAUACAAUAUUCAUGAAAGAAACAUGACCUCCAUGUUUGACAAUACAGUUCUGUAAAAAUCUCAAAAGAUAAUAUAUUAGUUUUUAUUUUUUUGGAUAACCUUUGGUAGUGGUUCCCAACCCCCAGUACCAGUCUGUGACCAGUACUCCACGGGGCUGGGGCACACUGGAGGAUUUGGUUAAUUUACAAAAAUUAACUACAUAUUAAAUGUCCUAUCACAUUUGCAUUAAAAAAAUUAAACAAUUUAAA